UUCCCACUGCCACCAGCCGGCCCUAGCGAGGGGGCGGGCGGCGCCGGGGGCAGCCCCGCUGAGGCAGGAUGUUCACCUCCAAGUCCAACUCGGUGUCACCGUCGCCGUCCCUGGAGCAGGCCGACUCGGACGCACUGGACAUCAGCACCAAAGUGCAGCUCUACGGGGUGCUGUGGAAGCGGCCCUUCGGGAGGCCGUCGGCCAAGUGGUCCCGGCGGUUUUUCAUCAUCAAAGAGAGCUUUCUGCUCUACUACUCUGAGAGUGAAAAGAAGAGCUUUGAGACCAAUAAAUACUUCAAUAUCCACCCCAAGGGUGUCAUCCCCCUGGGGGGCUGCCUGGUGGAAGCCAAGGAGGAGCCCAGCAUGCCGUACGCCAUGAAGAUCUCCCAUCAGGACUUCCACGGGAACAUCCUGCUGGCGGCCGAGUCUGAGUUUGAGCAGACGCAGUGGCUGGAGAUGCUGCAGGAAUCCGGGAAGGUGACUUGGAAGAACGCCCAGCUGGGAGAAGCCAUGAUCAAAAGCCUGGAGGCCCAGGGGCUGCAGUUGGCUAAGGAAAAGCAGGAGUAUUUAGACAAACUGAUGGAAGAGACGGAAGAACUGUGCCUUCAGAGGGAGCAGAGAGAGGAGCUGGAGCGCCUGAACCAGGUGCUGGAGGCUGAGAAGCAGCAGUUUGAGGAGGUGGUGCAGGAGCUGCGGAUGGAACAGGAGCAGAUCAAGAGGGAGCUAGAACUGACCGCAAGAUGCCUCAAAGGUGUGGAGCAGGAGAAGAAGGAGCUGAGGCAGCUCACGGAGUCCUUGCAGCGCACACUGGAGGAACUCUCCAUAGAGAAGAAGAAAACGCUGGAGAUGUUGGAGGAGACCGAGAACCAGCCGCCGCCGCCCAGCGCGGGGCUUCAGAACAACCUGCGGCAGAUCGAGGAGAAGAUGCGGCAGCUCUUGGAGGAGAAGCUCCUGGCGGAGAAGCGGAUGAAGGAGAACGAGGCACGCUCCCGGGCCCUGGAGGAGGAGCGGGAGUUCUACUCGAGCCAGUCCCAGGCGCUGCAGAACUCACUGCAGGAGCUCACGGCCGAGAAGCAGCAGGCUGAGCAGGAGCUGAGGGCGGAGGUGAAGGUCCGUAUGGACCUGGAGAAGCGCCUGCGGGAGGCGGAGGGUGCCUUGCGGAGCCUGGAACAGGGGCUCAACUCCAAGGUGCGGAACAAGGAGAAGGAGGAGAGGAUGCGGGCAGACGUGAGCCAUCUGAAGAGGUUCUUUGAGGAGUGCAUCCGGAACGCAGAGCUGGAGGCCAAGAUGCCCGUCAUCAUGAAGAACUCCGUGUACAUCCACAAGGCGGCCACGCGCCGCAUCAAGAGCUGCCGCUUCCACCGGCGCCGCUCCAGCACGUCCUGGAACGACAUGAAGCCGUCCCAGUCCUUCAUGACGUCCCAGCUGGAAGCCAACAACAUAGAGGAGCUAAAGGAGGUGGCCAAGCGGCUCAGCCGGGACCAGCGCUUCCGGGAAUCCAUCUACCACAUCAUGGCCACCCAGCCCGGAGCCCCCUCUGUGCUCCCCCGUGGUGGCAGCAAGUGACUGGGGCUCUUCUCCUGCCUCGGGGGAAGGGGAAGAGGAUGGGGUAGCCCAGGGAGGGAGGCCCGGCUCCACCUGGCUUCUCUCCACUCUGGCCUGGGGCCAGCCUCGCUCUUGCUCGCUACCCUGGCUUCUCCACUGCACCCUUGCAGGCCCAAGCUGGGGGAGUGGAGGAAGGGGUCUAGCCAUGUGAUGUCGCUGGUCAGGGUUUGGGUUUGUUCAUCCCAGCGACAGGCAGGGCCGGCCCACAGGUUCUCUGUGGCUCCUCCUGGUCCCUGGUCCUCACGGGUCAAGGCAUCCCUUACCCAGGGUGGGUCCUACACACCUUCUGGGACACUCCCUCCCCUUUUGCUUCUGACCUCUAACCUCACAAAGACAUUCCUCCUCUUCCCCACCUCCCCUACCCCCAGCCAAGGGCUUCCCUUAUACCACAUGCUAGGGUGGGGAGGAAGACCUUGGGACAGCAGCCUUGGGCUCAUGGCGCACACACACACACACCCCAAGGCUCGCCACAGUCUCACCUUCCCUGGAGUUGGGCCCUGGCUGUGGGAUGACCCACCUGGAGCCCUGGGCCCUGGCUGGGAGCUGGGGCCAGCGGGGACACUGGGGUCUCUUGCCUGGAAGACAAGUCACAAGCUCAGGAGGGAAGAAUGGCUCCUGCAUUCUCCACUCUGGCCACGGCGGUGCUGCUGGGCGUGACCUAGCAGAUGGCGCCCUCCUUGGAGGCCUUGCUGCCUCCUGUCCCUCUGAGCCUUACCCCGCUGAAGCGGUGAGGCCACGAACCCCAGCAGAUGGACCAGUGACAGGGUCUGCUGGGCUCACAGAAGAGGGAUCCAUUGGGGAUCAGGGCACUCCGGGACACUGGUGGCAUUCGAGGUGCUAACUCUCUGCUGCUUGGAAAAGCAGGAUGUUCAGAGAUGGACAGGUGGUGGCAGCAGGGAGGGCCCAGGGGAAGGAGCAGGCACCCAGGGGAGCCUGCAGCAAGAGCAGUGCUGCUGCCUGGGAGAGCGCACGCACGCCGGCCCCCAGCUGCCGGACGCACCAAGGCCGGGCCACGCUGUCCUGCUCCGGCUCAAGGCUCCUUGGUGAUACUGGGCUCCAAGGUCCCCUUCUCAGGGGGUAGCGUCAGCCAGUGUGCCGGAUCAAGGUGGGGGCAGGGUUGGGGUGCCUGGGCGGCAGUGCAUUUGAAAGGGCUCUGUCUGGAUGUAAAAGCUUUAAACACAUAGAAACCUGGAAUAUUUAUCUGCUAGGGGGAAGAGUCACAAACCCAAGCUCCUGUUUUUGUUUGCUUCCAAAGACUUAUACGAAUGGUGGCUCGCCCUUGGAGAAAGACCUUUCGGGAAAUGUUUCCAAUGCAUGUGUUUUGCCGGAGGGGAAAGUGCACAUCUUGGUCUGGUUGGUGCUGCUGCACCUGACACUGGGUCGUUUGUGCAGGGCAGCAAUGCACUGGCUCGGAGCUGUGGAAGCUGGGACAUCUAAGAUCGGGGUGCUGGCAUCUAAGGAGGGCCUUCUUGUCUGUCUGUUUGUUUAAAGAUUUACUUAUUCAUGUGACAAGCAGAGUUACAGACAAGCAGAGGCAGAGAGAGAGAGAGAGAGAACCUCCAUCUACUGGUCCACUCCCCAAAUAGCCACAACAGCCGGAGCUGGGCCGAUCUGAAGCUAGGAACUUCUUCCACAUCUCCCACGCGGGUGCAGUGGCCCAAGCACUUGGGCCAUCCUCCACUGCUUUCCCAGGCCAUUGCAGAGAGCUGGAUCGGAAGUGGAGCAGCCUGGACUUGAACUGGCGCCCAUAGGGGAUGCCGGCGCCACAGGUGGCAGCUUUACUUGCUAAGCCAUAGCGUGGGCCCUGGGAGGGCCUUCUUGCCUCGUCACCGCACCGCGGGAAGGCAAAGGCUGCAAGAGGACCCAUUCCUGCAAUAAUGGACCCCCUCCUGUGCUACCAGCACUAACCCACUGAUGAGGGCAGAGUCCUCUCGGCCUCAUUACUCCUUACACAGUCCCACCUCUUAAUGCUAUUAUAAUGACAGUUCAAUUUUAACACGAGUUUGGGAGCGGACAAGCAUUCAAACCAUAGCGGUACAGUUCCAAGCGGAUGCACAAGUCCCCCCUUCCUCUCCUUCCCCCUGUUCUCACCCUGCACUUUCCAUACCUCACGCAAAUCUGGGUUACCGUCAACCAAUGGCUCAGUCCAGAAGUGUUUAUUUGUUAAAAGCUUACUAAGUAUGUAGCACAGUGAAUAAAAAAAGAGCAGCAUCUCUAUGUGAAGAUAGGUAGGGGUGGCGAUUGCUUACUGGAAGUAUAUGCACCUGAUUUUCUUUUUAAAUUUGUUUAAUAAACUCUUAUU